GAAUGGAUGGUUUGAUGAUUUUCUUUAUUUCUGCGUUCCAAAAUCUUAUUAAUUUCAAUUACAUUCCGAUAAUGAUAAUCCCUUAUACAACAAUUGCAAUAUUAAAAAUAACAUUCAAUGAUUUAUGCCAUCAUCAUCAUUUUUUGGACAAUAUUAUUGAGGCCAUCACAGCUAACAGGAGAGCACGAAAGCCUCGGAAGCAGCAAAAUUAAAUAACAAAAUAAGGGAACUUUUUAAUAUAUACAAAGCACAUGUCCAUAUCACACAGGUGGACAUAGGUCUCCACAGCAACUAUGUUAGGAAGAUUAGUCUGAGAGUGACUGGCCAAAGUUCUUCCACUAGACAGACUCUUCCAUCUGAUCCAGCAAGGACAUGUCCCUAUCUUGCUUCUUUAACCCCCAUCAUGGCUGUUUAUUACGUGCCAAUGGUCAUGGAGAAGUGUGGACAGAUUGGAACAGCUCUGCCAAAUUCUUCCAGUAUGGCUGGAGGUGCACCACCAACGAAGACUCCUACACCAACAAAACCCUCUUGGGGAACUGGAACGAAGAGCGCUAUGACAUUCGGAAAAUACUGCAGCCCAAGCCUCUCCCUUCCCAGUUUGCUCACUAUUUUGAGUCCACCUACACAUCGGACUACUCCAAGGAAAAGCCCCACAGUACAAGAAGAGUUAUGCGAGAUGUUCACUGGUUCCCUGGACACCAGCCAGAGCUGGAGCCUCCUCCAAUCAAGCCAACUGCCCGGUCAUGCUACAUGAUAGAUUAUGAGCCUCCACAGAAGAAGGGAGCCUGCUGCUUGGUUGACACGAAGCCCAAAGAACAGCAAGGGACUCCGCUGAAGCAGUAGGACUAGAGUAGGUCUCUCUUCCGCUUCAGGACAGCCGGGGUUGCUUGAAAGGCCCUGCCUGUGUGACCUAGUUUCCCCCUCUUUUCCCCACCCACCCACUUAAAAGCUAGGCUGCCAUGCAGCAACUCACAAACCAUGUCUGUGAAUAAAAGAGUCUGCGUCAGAGUGAGAAGG